AUGGACGACUCAAGUUGUGUGCGCGUUGCAGUAAGGGUGAGACCGCAAUCUGAGCGAGAGAAAGUUGAAAACAGUCACGUUUGUACAAAUGUUUUACAAAAAGAAGCACAGAUAACGAUUGGUGGUGAAAGAAGCUUUACAUUUGAUUAUGCAUUUGAUAUUGGAACUCAUCAGCAAAAAAUUUAUGAUGAUUGUGUUAAAAAUUUAAUCGAAGGAACUUUUGAAGGUUUUAAUGCAACCGUUCUAGCUUAUGGUCAGACUGGCAGUGGUAAAACUUAUACGAUGGGUACAGCGUUUGAUAUGAUGGAUGUAAUGAACGAAAUCGAUGUGGGUAUUGUGCCACGCGCCAUUAGGCAUCUGUUUUCUGGAAUGGACUCUCGCAAACAACAGGCUUUAGAGCAAGGUUUCGUAGAGCCUUGUUUUGACAUUGUUGCACAGUUUGUUGAGUUGUACAAUGAAGAUAUAAUUGAUUUAUUAAGCCAUGAACGAUCACCUACAGGCCUUCGUAUUCACGAAGAUGCGAAGGGAGAAAUCUUCUUAAAUGGUGUAACACGAGUUACAGUAACAAGUCCCUCACAGACACUGGAGGUCUUGAAAAAUGGUGCACUAAAUCGAAAAACUGCGUCAACCAAUAUGAAUGAACAAUCAUCGCGUUCACAUGCCAUUUUCACAGUGAUAAUUAAACAACAACGGACUGUUGUUGUCAAACCGUGUUUUGAUCCGCAAACUGUUGAACAAGGUGACGAAACUUCUGCAUCAGAAGAUCCUCCUGCGACUGAGCUGGAACUUCUAAGUGCCAAGUUUCAUUUCGUUGAUUUGGCUGGUUCGGAGCGUUUAAAACGCACCGGUGCUACUGGUGAUCGAAUUAAAGAAGGGAUUAAUAUCAAUUUUGGAUUGUUAGCAUUGGGUAAUGUUAUAUGCGCUUUAACUACACCCACAGCAGUGGACAAAAUGGUGCAUAUACCAUAUCGAGAUUCAAAGCUAACUCGUCUUCUCCAAGAUUCACUUGGCGGAAACAGUCGAACUUUAAUGAUUGCCUGUAUCAGUCCAUCGGAUUGCGAUUACGUAGAAACACUAAAUACCCUGAAAUAUGCUAACCGAGCAAAAGAUAUCAAAAAUAAGGUUAUAGCAAAUCAGGAUAAGUCAAGCAAAUUAAUUGGAACUUUGCGCUCACGCAUAGCCGAAUUAGAGGCCGAAUUGUUAGACUUUAAACAGGGUCGAAUAAUAGUUUCAGAUGGUAUUGAGUCCUUCAACGAUCAGUAUAGAGAGAACGUUUUGUUACAGGCAGAUGUAAGUCAAUUAAGAAUUCGGAUCAAGGCUUUACAAGAAACGGUUGAAAUGCUAAGAGCUCGGAAUGUCCAGCUGUUAGCUGAAAAAAAUGAAGGAUGUACAAGAAUGCGUAUUUCGGACAGUCAUGAUCAGCAAGUAUGUAUUGAAAGUACAACUAACGAAGUAGGAGAACAAGAAGGUGAUGCAUUUGGUAAUGCAGUGCGCGUAUACAUUGAUGAACUUGAAUCUCUGAGAUGCGCAUUAAUGGAAUCACAUGCAACAAAUGAGCAAUUGCACCAGCAAAUGAAUCGCUGGAAAGCGAUAGCAGCGAAUAAUACGCCAAAAAUGCAUGUAGACUAUUUAGUCAACUGUGCUGCUGUUAUCAGCAAUUCAUCGGGUAAUAAUGCGGAAAGAGUCACAGCAUCCACUCCAACUUUCUCACUGAUCCAGGAAGCAAAAGCGGAUAUUAAGCGUAUGAAACAAAGUAUAAUAGAAAGUUCACUUGAAGAGGAGAAGAUAAAUAAUGAUGAAGCGAAAAUAAAUGCGGAUGAUGUGAUGAAAUCUAGUGUAGUGAUGGAUGACUUUGAGGUGGACUAUGAAGAUGACGAAGAUAUCGAAGUUGAAAAUGAAGCAGAAACAGAAUGUUUUAAACUCAGAGACAAUCUCGCCGACUUACAGGCGGAAAUAUCGAUCAAAGAGCGCUUAGUCAUUGAGCUUGAGCAAAGUGAGCGUCGCCUUGCCGAGGUGCAAAUCAUGUAUGAGAAGAAGUUGGCAGAAUUGUCGUUGCGGAUAAAUGAAAUGGAAAUAGAGCGCGAUCGAGUAUUGGCUGAAAUAGCAGCAAAACAUUCACAGAAAGUUGUUGAUGCAGAACAAGUUCGCAAGAUUCGUGAAGAUUAUGAAAGGAAACUAACUGCAAUGCGCGAUGAAUUCAGGAAGUUGCAGUCUGUUGAACGUGAACAUCGUCGAAUGCAAGCAAAACAAGUUGCAGAGCAGCAACAGCUUUUACGGUUGAGGAAUGAAUUAAAUGAAUUAAAGAAAACAAAGGUUCAAUUGAUGCAGCGAAUCAAAGAAGAAGCCAGGCGUGCUAAAGCAACUGAAUUAGCAAACAUGAAGAAGCUAGCUGGUUUAGAAAAAGAGUCUAGGAAGAAAGAUAACUUAAUCCAAAAACUUCAAAACAAAGAUCGUCAACGAGAAGACUUUCUAAAAAGAUCAACCGACGAAGUUAAUCGCUUGCGCCAGCAGGUCCGUCAGCGCAGUACUUAUGAUCGUAAAACUGAGCGAAGUGGAACACAGCGGAACAUGCGAUCUGCAUCACUGCGUCAAGGUUGUGGUACAGUCCCUUUGACGAAACUGGAGGUGAACAAGGCGAAAGCGAAGUGGAUGGCUAUUGUAAAAAAUAUACGUCGCAGGAUCAGUCAGCGUCAGGCAGUCACCAAGAUGGAAGACGAACUGGAGAAAAUUGUAGCUGAGAAACGUAUUCUAGCUGAAGAAAUUCAACGGCUAGAACAACAAUUUAUCAAGGCGAAAGAUCUGGCUGAAAGGGAUCUUAUUGGUGAACACAUUGAUGGUUGCUAUGCGAAGAUGCGCUAUGUUCAGGAACAAUUCACGGAAUUGAGAAAUACAAUUGCCGGUAUCGACACUGAGAAAGAUUCUGGGAUGGAAGAUGCGGAAGCUUGUCGUGAUGCCGAAACGGAAAUUAAGAAUUGUUCGUCGAUUGGUGAGGCAGUAAUUAUUCUCAGCCAUUUGUUCGGUUUUUGUUUGGAACAAGGAUUUAUUGCAGCUAAAGCUAUUAGUGAUAAAAAGGAAGCAGAAUCACUUAUUCAAGAGCUGCAAAACGAAUCAAUUUUAAGUGAUGUAAUUUUGAAUCAUGCAUUGGAGGAUGCUAAAAGAAAUACUGAACAGCAAAAUCGUAGCAGGGAUGCAUCUCCAUAUCGAGAAUGUGAAGAAGUUAGGUCACUGGCGAAUGGAAAUCAGAUAGCACAGGAUUCACGCGAUGAAUUACUUGAAGUAUCACCACCUGCAUCAGCGCACAAGAUUCGUCGUCGUACAGCUACACCAAGUGAAUUACUGUAUCCGUUGAAGGAAUCAUUACAAGGUCAGGUUACUAACAAAACGCAUUUGGAGCAACUCAACGAAGAAACUUCAUCUGUAAGCCAACAGCUAGUCGAAAAAGCGAGAUCACUGGAACAUUCUGUUGAAGGUGGACGACCUUUAGAACUCAAUAGUGUAAGUAGUAAUGUUGGUAUGGAAGCGAAAAAUGAAAUAACGAAAUUGAUGGAUUUGGAAUUGGAUGAUCGAGGUUCCACUGAGUCGUCGCCAUCUGGUCGUGGUAGCCGAAGAAAAUCCGGCCGUGUAGUACCGUAUGUUCCUCGGACAUUAACAGGGACUCGUGAUAAAGUAACAGGUUCACGUUUACUAAUACGCACACACACCUUGGAUGGACAUACUAGAACAGUACUUUCGGUAGACACUAAUGGUGAUAUGGUAAUCAGCGGCUCAAAAGACAGAACAGCGAAAGUAUGGGAUUUGGAAAAAAGUGUCGAGAAAUGUACGUUUGGUCACCAUCCCAAUAAUGUUUCAUGUGUACGUUUCAUUCCCUCCAGCCAGUUAGCUUUGACUUUAUCCAUGGCAUUCGUUCGUAUUUGGGAUUUGAGAAAUGAGGAGUGUGUACGUACUCUGCAUUCGUCAGGUCUCGCUGCUGCAGGUGAUACUAUGGCUGCGAAUACACCUCGACAAACUGUAUUACCCAUUUCCGAAACGAUGAUCAAUGCACUAGAACUGGACAACACGGGGAAACUUAUGUUUACAACCUUCAACAGCGAUGUCCGUAUUUGGAAUUUGGAAAAGUUUGCACCAUUCGGUCGCUUAUCGGCAGCGACUCAUGGCUCGAGAUCAGAGGUGUCAUGCCUUGGAUUUUUGGGUGGUAUAAAACCGAAAAUUUUCACUGGUUCUCGUGAUCACUAUAUCAAGAUGUAUGAAAUAAAUGCUGAUGGAUUAGGUCUUUUUGAAGCUUCUCAUGAAUUUUCGGCAGCCCACUAUGAUUGCGUUACAUCCAUUGUCGCUUAUGGUGAUUCCGUAUUUUCUGCUUCUAGAGAUACGGACAUUAUGCGUUUCUCAUUGCAAGAUAUGAAGAGAGACCAUAUCGAAUUACAGGCACACAAUAAAUGGAUUCAAUCCAUGUGUAUUAUCAAUGCUUACAGGCCUUUAUUAGUUACAGCUUGUAAGGAGGGUCGAGUAAAAGUGUGGGACAUUACAAGUACACGUAAAUUACGUCUCGUUGAUCAGAUUUCCCAUGCUCAUGAAGAAGCGAUCAACGAAUUGGCAACUCAUUCAGGCAUCCUUUUUACUGCUUCUAGUGAUACAACUGUCGCCCUCUGGCAGACUAAUUAUGAAUGA